AUGUCAACUCCUACUCGAUCAUUGAAUAUUAAUCAAAUGCAACAACCCAAUCAAUCUCCAUCAAUCAAUCAACAAUUCACCAACAUGCUAUCCUCAAAUCCGAUGUUAUCCUCUGAAGCAAAAGACGCCGUAUCUCAGAAUAUUAAUGCAAAUGUUAAUAUGGCUAGUGGUGAUAUGAAACGUUAUCAGCAGCCAGGUGUGUCCAGUGCCGCACCUCCAACUUAUUACCAAAACAACCAUCUCAGUCAGCAACAACAGCAACAGCAGCAGCAGCAGUAUUAUCAUCAUCAUAUGACUGCUAUCGCUCCACCAUCUCUGAUAACCCAUUUGGAGAUUGAUCGCGAUUCAGGCAAUGAGACCAGCUCUCUAUCGCCGUGCUCAUCUUCGCCGUCAUCAAGCGCUGCACAGUCCAGAUCGAAUUCAUUUUCGGUAUCGAAUUUGUUGCGAAAUAAUAUUACCAAUCACAAUAACACUGCUGAAAAGGAGAAGGAGAAUAGUGUGAAAGAGUAUCGUCAAAAUGCUGAUUAUUCGGCAAUGAUCAAAUGU